AUGGAACAUACAGAACUCCAGACGCCAUACCAUUGUGUGAACCCGUCGGCGAUUAAAACAUUUCUACGUCAGUCAAGAGCGAUUUCUGAUGAUAAAAUUCCCAGCUCGUUGACACAAAGAUCGUGUGGCGAAGUGCUUCCUCGAAUGUACAAUGAGUGGAGGAAGCGCGACGAUAUUCUCGCAUUCUGUGGAGCUGUUGCCGGUGGCAGUUUGGAUGAGUCGCUACCAGACAACACUGCUCAAAUCAAGACACUCACAUCCCAUGCCCGCGACCAUAUUGAGUUUGCCAAGACUCAAAACGACCCUCGAGUUGAUUCUUACGCCGCCCGUGACGAAACAGCACUCAAAGAUCUUGAGCGUGAUUCGACAAUGCAAUGGGUUCGUAGAGAAAAGCUCACCGAAGAGAUCAUCAGAGAGACAACCGUUCGGAUCAUCGCAGACAAAUGCGGUGGAUUGGGGGUAGAUGCUCAGCAGUUUCACCGUUAUUGA